AUGGUCGACCACAAGGGCGAUGAUAUCGCGGUGGAUCCCUACUUCUAUUCCAUGAAGAGGAAUGAGGAACCGGAUGAUUUCCGAUCGGAGACUACCUCAAUCGCAUCCACGAUCGCGAGGGGGCGCUUGGAAAAUGGCCGAAGAUACCAAGCGACGAAAGAAGAUAACUACUGGGGCCCAUCAGAUGAGCAGCAAUUCGAGGCAUUCGAAAUUAGUCACAUCUUGUUCCUUGUGCUAGAUUACAACCAACCGAAUCCUCUUUUCCGUGCCCCCAUUGGCGAUUCACCCAAGCACAUCCUCGACAUUGGAACAGGAAAGGGAAGCUGGGCAAUCGACGCUGCGGAUCUCUAUCCGACAGCGACUAUUCGCGGAGUGGAUCUCUUCCCACCACCCGUGACCUGGAUGCCUCCAAACUGCGUCUUUGAGGUGGACGACGUGCUCCGAGAAUGGACUUGGAGAGAGCCGUUUGACUUCAUUCAUUUGCGUAUGAUGUAUGGAAGCUUCGAUCCAGAGGGAUGGAACCUGGUGUAUAAACAGGCCUACGAUGCACUGAUUCCCGGUGGGUGGAUCGAGCAAGUGGAGAUGGAUAUUCGAGUCCGCAGCGACGACGGUACCCUGAAACCAGACAGCCUUCUAGCUGGCUGGGGUGAUCUGUUUCUGAAGUGCUCUGAGCGAGCUGGUCGGUCGCUCAGAACCCAGGAGACGAUGCGUGGCGCAAUGGAGGAAGCCGGCUUCAUAGAUGCGCAUGAAGACCUACAAAAGGUUCCCCUUGGACCUUGGGCCAAGGAUAAAAUCUUAAAGGAGGCUGGUCAGCUCCAGUAUGCUCAUUGGAGCGCUGCCAUUGAGGGCUGGGCAAUGUGGCUUCUUACUAAGUACGGAGACCCAGAGCCGUGGACUCCUGAGGAGGUACAAAUCUAUCUGGCCAAAGUGCGCGUGGAAUUGAAGGAUCCACACGUACACCGCUGGGGAUACAUUCGCCGUGUCUGGGCAAGGAAGCCUACGGUCGAUGAAUUACAGGCGAACAGGCCGAAGAUCGAGGAGCCGAAGAUCAAGAGUGAGCCUUCGCCUUAG